UCCAUGGUCCCUGCCCUAAUACAUACUAUAUCAUCCUACAUUAAAAAUAUUUGUAAAGGAAUGUUUACAAAGAAAUUGGCAAACCCAAUAAAGAAGAAAGAGAGAAGUGAAAAUAAAGAGCCCAACUUGACCACUGAUUUGCAAGCACACAAUCCAACUCUCUCUACCACAUUGAAGACUACAGUUAAAAAGAUUUCAAAAUGCUCUUUGGCACGCAAAAUAUCUCUUGAAGAAGACGACGGAAAGUACGACUGCUCAUCCCUGUCACCCACUUUCAGUUAUCGUGUAGCUAUAGCAAAUGGACUGCCGAAAAACUCUCUUUUUUUAAAUAAUAAUGAAAGUAUCUUUCCUGAGGUUCUUUCAAUUGAUGGUAGUUACUCUAACUCUUUGAGUGAGACAAAACUUGUCAGGAGAUUGGAUGAGCAUAAAUCACACACUAUGCCAGUAAGACGAAACAGGAAGAGCCUCAUCAGUUUGGCUCCCUCUGAUGGCAGCUCUGAGGGCGAGCGAGUGGAACGCUCCAGUCUACACACACUUAGGCUGGGUGCUCUACGCAAGUUAAGAAAAUGGAAAAAGAGUCAGGAAUGUGUCUCCUCAGACUCCGAGGUGAGCAAUUGGAGGAAAACCUUGGGCAUCCGGAGCAAGUCCUUGGACCGCGCUGGACGGCAGCAAAAGAGCUCAACCCUGGAGCCUGGAUCCUCCUCCACAGGUUGCAUCAGUCAGACCCAGGAUGUCAUGGAGAUGAUCUUUAAGGAGCUUCAGGGGAUCAGCCAGAUAGAGACAGAACUGUCUGAGCUACGUGGCCAUGUAAAUGCCCUAAAAAGCUCCAUUGAUGAGAUCUCCAGCAGUGUGGAAGUAGUUCAGACUGAGAUUGAGCAGCUUCGCACAGGAUUUGUCCAGUCUAGAAGGGAAACACGAGAUAUUCAUGACUACAUAAAACAAAUUAGCCAUCAGGCCAAUAAUUCAACCUUAAAGUUCCUUAAUGUUCCUGAAGAAAAGUUGGAAAAAACAGAGAGCCUAAUUUAUAAAAUACUAAAAGACAAAAUGGGUUUCAUUGAUGCCCUUAAAACAAUUAAAAUUGAGCUUGCUCACAGGUUAGGGCAACAAAGAGAAUGUUCUAAUGCAAAACCCCGCCCUAUUAUUGUUAUUUUUGCAACAACUCAAGAGAGGGAUAUAGUCUUGAAAAAGUGCUAUAAACUUAAAGGAACAGGCAUUACAGUCUCCACUGAUAGCUUAACUCAUGAUGGAAAGGAGCGAAAAGACAAAACAAUGUCUUCCUCACAAACCUAUGAAAGCAUGGAUAUAAAGGCCUCAGGAAAGGAUAAAGUGGAGAGCGAUGACUGGGACUCAAUGGACAGUGAUAAAGAAUUAGAUGAAUUAAGCCAAAAUAAAUAUGCAUUGGUGAUUUCAAAGCCUGUUCACAAGAGCAAAUCAGAGAAGAGACGAUCCCAUGCCCAUAGCCGGUCAGGAGAGGAAGCAGGCUGCUCAGGUGCCUAUGCUGAUGACUCUUACUAUGACCCAGACAAGCAUACAAAGACUUACUACUCUGAUAUGACCCCUGGUUGGCUUUCUCAGAGUGACUAUUCCACCCCUAAACUCAGUCGCUCUGAGUCUGACUGCUCAAAACUUUGUCAGUCAUACUCAGAAGAUUUUUCAGAAAGUCAGUUUUUUACACGGGCAAAUGGCGGCUCCCUGCUGUCCUCCUCAGAUCAGGAACUGUGGCAGAGAAAACAGGAAGACAUGGCUUCCUCCUGGUAUGCUAGCAAUAGUCACCAACUCAGGCAUGAGAAUCAAGCAUAUGAACACAAUGAGGUUGAGACUACGGAAACUAUUGACAGUGGGGUGAGCAAUGGACUGGUCUGCAUGUCUGGAGACAGAAGCCACCACAGUGGCUCCCAGUUGUCUCUGCAAGGUGACUUAUCACCCUGGAAAGACUGGCAUCAUCUAGAGCAGGGUGCUGAUUCUGGUUUGGAAGCCUCCAUAGAGAUUAGCAGUCCUUUUGACCCAUCAACCAUACCUGGUUUUCCAGAAAACAUCACUAAAUGUCAGGAGGUUGAUCUACAAUUUGAGGGAGAUGAAGAAUUCAUGAUGCUUGAUAGAGAAUCUUCCCUACCACCUAUAACCACUCACAUUAUUGCUCCCAUUACAGAACGUGAGCCUGUCAUCAAGCCAUCUCCCCGGCAGUCCAAGGAGGGAAAUAAGAUGAUCACAAAAGAAAACACUAAAAUAUCAUCUAAAGAUACUCAUAAAGCUGCUGGUAAAAUUACACAUAAACAGACCAAAUUGGCACCUAAAGAAGAAACAAACAUCAAAAUACUGCCAAAAGAAAGCUCGAAGGUAUCUGCUAAGGUUCCAUCUAAAGUGACCUCUAAAACAGUUACUAAAGAGUCACCUAAGGAGAUUCAGAAAUCAGCAGCUAAAGAAUUCGUUCAACCCGUCCUUAAAGAAAGCACUAAAGUCACACAUAAAGAUGCCACAAAACCUAGUGUUAAAGAAGUAUCUAAAGUGACAUCUAAGAUAACCUCUAGUGAGGCUGCUAAAGUGACAACUAAAGUGACUCCAAAAGCUAGCCCUACAAUAACUCCGAAAGAAAGUCCGAAAGAGUCACCGAAAGAGAGCCCUAAAAUAACCCCAAUUGAGAGCCCUGUUUCAACCUCUAAAGAGUCCCCUAAAGAAUCCCCUAAAGAGUCUCCCAAAGUUAUUGCUAAAGAUCCCCCACAAAUUGCAUCUAACGAAGGUGUGAAAGUUGUUACUAAAGAGGUUACCAAAGAAGUUACAAAACUACCCCCAAAAGAGGUAUUGAAAGAGAUGCCUAAGGUAGCAUCUAAGGAGACUGGUACCACGAAAGAAAUUUCUAAAAUUCCACCUCAAGAAGUUUCUAAGAUUCCACCUAAAGAAGUCCCGAUGGUAGCCCCUAAAGAGAGUCCUAAGGUGUCUCCCAAAGAGACCCCUAAAGCCACCCAAAUAGAAGCCUCUAAAGAAGGACCCAAAGUAGCCUCUAAAGAUGCCCCUAAGGAAACCCCCAAAGUCAUUCCUAAAGAUAAAUUCCCUGAACUGGAUGUCAAUCAUAGCUUCCACCAGACCCAGACUAAGUCUACAGCUAUGUACCGCAGUCAGAGUGAGAUUCGAACAGAGAAGGUUGAAGAGGUUCCUAAAUCUUGGAGCAGUAGGCUGAGCAUAGAUCUCACUGAGAAGUCCUUUGGCUUUGGCUUUGGCUCUACACUGCAAAGGGCUAAGUCAGCUUUGGAAGUUGUUUGGAAAUCUGGCCCUCAAACUCCUACCCCUGCUCCUCCUGAGGAGACCACAAAUUCAUCAUUUAUGGGACGUUUUCGCACCCUGUCCUCUAGUUCUACAAUAGACUCUGCUGCUAACACUGAGCAUGUCUUCAAAAAGGCAGAGGGAGAAAAAGCAGGUGCAGAGGCAGAAGCUGGGGAAGAACCAGUGGACAAUGAGACCCACUAUGUUGAAGUGAUGGAGCAGGUAUUAGCUAACUUAGAGAACAUAAGUAAUGCUAAUGAGACAGAUGAGACAGAUGACCCUGCACAGGAGUGUGAGACUUCUCAGGACUAUGAUGUGUCUGAUGACAUUGAGGCCUCACAAGACAAUGAUGUCUUUCAGGAUGUUGAUGCUUCUCAAGAUGUUGAAGUGACAGAAAACCAUGAGACAGGUAAAGAGGCAUGUGUUCUGGAGUAUGAUGGCAGUUUGAAUGAAGAGUACAGUGAAGAAUAUGAAACCCAACUCACAGAGGACACUGCUGAAUAUGACGCAAUGGUGGAGUACGUAGACGUAGAAGAUCCAGAUGACAAUGAUGUGACAGAGGAGACAGAAGAGGGUGAUGAUGAGUUAGAGGAGGUAGAGGAGAUUAUAGAGGAGGUCGCUGAGGGAUCUGAAAAUGUAGAGAAACAGCAAGAGGAUGAAAACAAAAAUGUUCCAGAGAAGAAGUCUACAGAGGCCCCACCCAAGAAACAUGUGAGGCCCACAUUCAAGGAGGCAGCACUGAGGGCCUACAGGAAACAGAUGGCUGAACUGGAGCAGCAGAUCCUGGCAGGGGACAGCAGUGCUUUGGACACACAGCCUUCUCUCUGCAGUAUUUUGGACCCCAAAGUGCUCGGCUUGCAGACUGGAGGGGCUGGCAGUAUUCUUUAUGGUAUUGACAGCAUGCCAGAUUUACGCCGCAAGAGGACAGUGCCUCUUGUCCGAGACCUGGCUUUGACCCUCACUGCUCGAAAGGCAGGCAUCUCGUUCGCUCUGGUGAACCGGUCCACCCUGAAUAAUGAGGAUCUGAAACUACAUGUCUUCAAGAAGACUCUCCAAGCCUUGAUCUACCCGAUUUCAUCCACAACACCCCAUAAUUUUGAGGUGUGGACGGCGACUGCACCCACUUACUGCCAUGAGUGUGAGGGGCUGCUGUGGGGCAUCGCCCGUCAGGGCAUGCGUUGCUCAGAGUGCGGCGUUAAAUGCCACGACAAGUGCCAGGACCUGCUCAAUGCGGAUUGUUUACAAAGGGCAGUGGAGAAGAGCUCCAAGCACGGGGCGGAGGACAAGACCCAGAACAUCAUCAUGGCUAUGAAGGAGCGCAUGAAGAUCAGGGAGAAGAACAGUCCUGAAGUGUUCGAGGUGAUCAAGGAGAUGUUCAUUGUCUCCAAAGAAGACUUCACCAGCCACCUGAAGACAGCCAAGCAGGCCGUUCUGGAUGGGACCUCCAAGUGGUCUGCCAAAAUCAGCAUCACAGUGAUGAGUGCACAGGGUUUACAGGCCAAGGAUAAGACUGGCUCUAGCGACCCUUACGUCACCGUCCAGGUGGGCAAGACCAAACGGAGGACGAAGACCAUCUUCGGCAACCUCAACCCGGUCUGGGAUGAGAAGUUCUACUUUGAAUGUCACAACGCCACUGACCGUAUCAAGGUGCGUGUGUGGGACGAGGACGAUGACAUUAAAUCAAGGGUGAAGCAGCAUUUCAAGCGUGAGUCAGACGAUUUCCUGGGCCAGACCAUCAUCGAGGUCCGCACUCUGAGCGGAGAGAUGGACGUUUGGUACAAUCUAGAUAAAAGGACUGACAAGUCUGCGGUAUCUGGUGCCAUCAGACUCAAAAUCAGUGUGGAAAUGAAAGGGGAGGAGAAUGUGGUUCCUCCUCAUGGCCAAUACACCUGUUUACAUGAGAACCUGUUCCACUAUCUGACCGAGGUGAAGAACAGCGGGGUGGUAAAGAUCCCUCAGGUGAAAGGGGACGAAGCGUGGAAGGUCUACUUUGAUGACGUGUCUCAGGAGAUAGUGGAUGAGUUUGCCAUGAGAUACGGAGUGGAGUCCAUCUAUCAGGCCAUGACGCACUUCUCCUGUUUGUCCGCCAAAUACAUGUGUCCCGGUGUGCCAGCAGUGAUGAGCAACCUGCUCGCUAAUAUCAAUGCCUACUUCGCCCACACAACCACCACCACCACAACCACUGCCUCCGCUUCGGACCGAUUUGCUGCCUCUAACUUUGGGAGGGAAAAAUUUGUCAAAUUACUGGACCAGCUGCAUAACUCACUAAGGAUCGACCUUUCUAAAUAUCGGGAUAAUUUCCCUGCAGGAAACCCAGAGCGUCUCCAAGAUCUCAAGUCCACUGUUGAUCUUCUGACCAGCAUCACCUUCUUCAGGAUGAAGGUACAAGAGCUCCAGAGUCCACCAAGAGCCAGUAUGGUGGUGAAGGACUGCAUGAAGGCGUGUCUGGACUCCACAUACAAAUACAUUUUUGAUAACUGUCAUGAAUUGUACAACCAACUUCUUGACCAGAGCCGGAAACAGGACAUUCCCCGAGAGGAGCAGGGUCCGUCUAUAAAGAACCUGGACUUCUGGCCAAAACUCAUCACUCUCAUGGUGUCAGUAAUCGAUGAGGACCGGACAGCUUACACCCCCGUCGUUAACCAGUUUCCACAGGAGCUGAAUGCGGGCAAGAUCAGCGCUGAGAUCAUGUGGAGCCUCUUUGCCCUAGAUAUGAAGUAUGCAAUGGAAGAGCAUGACAAGCACCGCCUAUGCAAAAGUACUGAAUACAUGAAUCUUCACUUCAAAGUCAAAUGGUUCCAUAAUGAGUAUGUCCGUGACCUGCCGGCCUUCAAGAAUGUUCCACCUGAGUAUUCUCUGUGGUUCGAGCCAUUUGUAAUUCAGUGGCUUGAUGAGAACGAAGACGUUUCCAUGGAUUUCCUCAAUGGAGCACUGGGAAGGGACAAGAAAGAUGGAUUCCAGCAAACCUCGGAGCACGCCCUCUUUUCAUGUUCGGUGGUGGACGUGUUCACUCAACUAAACCAGAGUUUUGAGAUCAUCAAGAAGCUGGAGUGUCCAAACCCACAGGCUCUGGCUCACUUCAUGUGCCGUUUUGCAAAGACUAUCAAUAAAGUUCUUCUGCAGUAUGCUGUAAUCAUAUCCAAGGACUUUCCUUUGUAUUUGAGUAAGGAGAACGUGCCCUGCAUCAUCCUCAACAACAUUCAGCAGCUCCGUGUGCAACUGGAGAAGAUGUUUGAGUCCAUGGGUGGGAAACAGGAGGAGGGGGUUGUGUCCUUCUGUAAGCUGGAUGCAGAGGCCAGUGAUCUACUUAAGGAGCUGCAGAAUAAACUCAACACAGUGCUGGAUGAGCUCAGCGGAGUGUUUGGCUCCAGUUUCCAAGGUGUGAUCGAGGAUUGUGUGAAGCAGAUGAACCAGGAGCUGGUUCAGAUGAAAGGAACGGCCAAAGGGAGCAACGCUGCCAUGGAUGCAGAGACUGUCCUCCGGCCUCUUAUGGACCUCCUGGAUAAAAAUUUGAUGUUAUUUGCCAAGAUAUGUGAGAAGACUGUGCUGAAGCGAGUCCUCAAAGAGCUUUGGAAAAUCGUGCUGAACACCAUCGAGAGAACAAUUGUUCUGCCUCCACUGAGUGACCAGAGUCAGGGAGCUCAGAUGAUCUUCAAUGCUGCCAAGGACUUGGGACAGCUGUCCAAACUGAAGGAGCAUGUAACUCGAGAGGAAGCCAGAAGUCUGACUCCACGGCAGUGUGCCGCCAUGGACCUCGUGCUUCCCACCAUCAAGCAAUACUUCCAUGCUGGAGGAAAUGGGCUGAAGAAAACCUUCCUUGAAAAAAGCCCCGAUAUGAAGUCCCUCAAAUAUGCUCUCAGCCUUUACACUCAACCUACAGAUGCCUUGAUCAAGAAAUAUAUAUGCACCCAAAUCUCUCAAGGUCAGUCAUCCAACGGAUCCGUGGGGGAGGUGUCAAUGCAAGUGAAUCUCAUCUCUCACCCUGGCACUGGAGAGCACAAAGUCAGCGUAAAGGUGUUCGAAGUGAACAACCUUAUCUGGCAAACCAACGCCAUGUUCCGGCCGUUUGUGGAGGUCAACGCCGUGGGCCCGCACCUGGCUGACAAGAAGCGCAAAUUCAGCACCAAGACCAAGAAUAACAAUUGGUCACCAAAGUACAAUGAAACAUUCCAAUAUGUUCUAAGUAACGAACAUGGUCCGGAGGCCUACGAGCUGCACGUCUCCGUAAAGGACUACUGCUUUGCCCGCGAGGACCGCAUCAUCGGCAUGACGGUCAUCCAGCUAAGAGAGCUUGCAGACAAGGGCAGCUGCUCCGCCGGCUACCCCCUGGUGAAAAGCAUCUCCAUGGACGAAACUGGCCUGACCAUCAUGAGGAUACUCUCUCAAAGGACCAAUGACGAGGUGGCCAAAGAGUUUGUGCGUCUCAAGACAGACACACGCUCGGCGGAGGAAGUAUCAUAA